GAAACAUAAACGCACACACACGCGCGCUAGGCAAGGAGGCAAAUGAAUUAACGCAAGUCAUAUUCGUAAUAAUAAGUCAGCCCAGUUAUGGUGUCAUCGGCCGAUCCACAAAAUAUUCUUCAGAAACUGCAAAAGUACAAACGGCUAAAUGGCACAAAUUUGUUGAAACCUUUACGCAAUCGAACGCCAACCACAGCGUCCAAGCAUGACACCCUCAAUCACAGCAGAGCUUCAAUAUCUAAGUUUGACACUACACUACAACAACAAAUCAGCGAGGUGGAUAUCACAACCACUACAACAAAUAUAGCCAACUUGGCUGAUCAACAGCCGAAUAUUACAAAUAAUUUUUUAGAUUUGUUAUUGAAUCCCGAGUAUGUGGAACAAUUUACCGAAAUGAAUAACGAUCUCUUGCAUGCUUCGAAUGAAUCGUCGUCGAUCGUUGAUAUUAACAUGUCGUUGCCCUCACUGGGCACAAGUAACAAUGCUGCUCCUGCUGCCCUUUCGCCCAUUUAUGCGAAAAAUGAAACCCUUUUACGUUUAAGCUCGCCGAGCAGUUUAGUGGUUGAUACUUUGUUGGGUUCUGUGAUGACAACCGCCACUGCAACUGUAACCGGUUCUACAACUGCAAUCAAAUCGGAAGGUCUGCUUCUUAGCCACAUUCAACCGGAUACGUACAGCAGUGGAACUUUAACGAGCUUGUAUGCUAAUUUAUUAGCAGAUAUUUCACCAUCAUCGACUAUUACAACAGCAGCGGACACGAUUUCCCCACCAACUGCAGCGAUGAUGCCUAACUCCGAGAAUACCAGCGUUUAUUGGGAGCUUGGUGCGCCUGAUUUCGAUGUACUCUAUCGGCACUCGCUGCUAAUGACGAUUGUCUAUUGCAUCGCAUAUGUCAUUGUGUUUCUGGUCGGUUUGGUUGGGAAUAGUUUUGUCAUUGCCGUCGUAUUGAGGGCGCCACGAAUGCGUACUGUCACCAAUUAUUUUAUUGUCAAUCUUGCUAUUGCCGAUAUAUUGGUUAUCGUCUUUUGUUUGCCCGCAACUUUGAUGAGCAACAUUUUUGUGCCCUGGAUGUUGGGUUGGCUGAUGUGUAAGACAGUGCCAUAUAUACAAGGCGUAUCCGUCGCUGCAUCUGUCUAUAGUCUAAUUGCUGUAUCGUUAGAUAGAUUCAUAGCGAUUUGGUGGCCACUUAAACAGAUGACAAAAAGUCGCGCACGUUUUAUGAUUUUAUGCAUUUGGCUGAUUGCCUUGGGCUCAACAAUACCGUGGGUGCUUUUCUUCGAACUCGUGCCGGCUGCUGAGUCCUUCCCAGCGGCACCAAAUCUUUAUCUAUGCCAAGAGGUGUGGCCACCUGGCACGAAUGGCAAUUUAUAUUUUCUUCUAGCCCAUCUAGUGGCUUGCUAUCUACUGCCCAUGUCAUUGAUUACGCUGUGUUACGUGUUGAUCUGGAUUAAAGUGUCAACACGCUCAAUCCCCGGCGAUUCGAAGGAUGCACAAAUGGAUCGUAUGCAACAGAAGUCGAAGGUGAAGGUUAUCAAAAUGUUGGUAGCAGUUGUUAUACUAUUUAUAUUGUCAUGGCUGCCGCUUUAUGUGAUCUUUGCAAGAAUUAAAUUCGGUGGAGAAAUUUCGGUGGAAGAAAGCGAGAUACUGAAUAAAGUAACUCCCUUCGCUCAGUGGCUGGGUUCAUCCAAUUCUUGCAUCAACCCAAUUUUAUACGCCUUUUUCAACAAGAAGUACCGACGCGGUUUUGCCGCUAUUAUGCAAUCCAGGUCAUGCUGUGGUCGCUUAAGAUAUUAUGACAAUGUAGCGAUUGCCUCUUCUACAACCAGCACCCGUAAGUCCUCGCAUUAUCACCACAACAGCUCACGCAAGAGCCCUAGCAGCCCCGGUUUGCGUAAAACUAAUGCUGUUUCAUAUAUUUAUGAGCACCAGUCCCUUCGACGUCAUCAUCAAAAUUCUAUGUUGAAACAGGAUAGUAAUUUAUCACAGCAGAUGCUCUUGAAGCAGGACUCUCAUGGCUCUCGACAAUUUUUGAUCAAGCAAGAGAGCGCCUCAAGUGAUGGAUCGCGUCGAAUGCUUUGUCAACAGGAUAGCAACGGCUCGAAAGUUUCGCUAACCAAACAGGAUUCGAUUGUAUCGUACAUGGAUGCAAGGCGUAACGGGCAGUUGGAUAAAUCUCAGGACGCGUACUCCACACAGGAUACAAUCUCUAUUGAUUCGCGACGAGGCACAAGUUUUAAACUGGACACACCACACAACUACGGUUCGCCCAGUACAAGUGCCGCCAUGUUGGAAUAUAAACGACAAAAGUUUGUUAAACAAGAUUCGGUGAUUUCUUUUGUUGAUCAAAGACCUGAACCCAAACGUCAUCAGUUGGUAAAGCAGGAUUCUGUUAUAUCUUUCGCCGAUCAACGCAGAGGUAUGCUCAACAAGCAAGACUCCAUAAUUGCAUGCCAUAAUCGCACAGGCGACGGUACCGGCCAUCAUGUCUCAAUACUAAAGAAAACUGAAAGUUCGCUUGGCAAUGCACUUACAUCGCCCAGACGUAAUAUAGAAAUAUUUGAGUAAUAAUUGAAUUUAGAAGCAUAAUACCAAUUAACAAUA